UAGUCACGCUACACCUGUACAGUUUAUUACUAAGUAUUUAUUACUAAGUACGUAACUACAACAUUGAACUCCAAGCUGGCCUCAACUUGAAUUUUAUCCAACAUGAACAAAUAAAGGAACUCACUCUUGAUACUUUUGACAUUUAUCAGGCCUCUUCAAUCUUCGCGGAAGGACCUAAGGCAAAGAGAGAUUUUGUAAUUGCACAGAAGAUUUCUCAACUCUCAACCAAAAAUCUCGAGUCUAAUCACUCCCGUCAAUCGUUCACGAUGAUUUCCGACGACGAUUUGUACCGCCUCGCCAUUUUCCUCGGUUCCGUAUCCAUGGUUCUUAUUGUCUUAUACCAUUUCUUCGAGGUCAACUCCCAAGAAGGAAGCGCGCUCGCUGCAAAGGCCGCCAAGUCAAUACCAGCACGACAACCUGCGGCCGUUGGAAAGUAAGCAAACAUGGUGAAAUUUAAUUUUCACACGCGCGAAAAAAACAUCUAUGGUCUAGAAGGGUAUAUAUCGAUGCGAACAACGCGACCUUUAGGAUGGAAGGGCCACCAAGAGGCGGGAAUUGUCUAUUCAAGCUACCAAAAGUUGGGAUCCACGGGGGAUCUCAUUAAACCAAUACAAUGUAUCAAACCUUUCUAUAUUGACGGCUACCCGAGGGAUUAUACUAGGUAGCAAUUCAUGAAUGUAUGAACUGAAGAUAUACUAGGUGUUAUGGAUUACCUACAUGUAUCUGCUAUGACUUGUGUAGGUUCAUUGCUUUUGACAACAUUCAUGAUUCAUCGUAGAUGAACCUCAUAAUUAUCCUAAUGUUGUAUCUCACAGAUAAAAGUUGAUUGCACAAUGGAAUCAUGCAGGACCAGUGGCAGUCUUCACUUCAACAUAGUAUGAGAUGUACCUAACCUAGUAUUAUGUAGGUGGC